AUGGGAGAAGUCAGGAAGUGUAGUCCAACUGCGGCUCAACCUCGGACCACCGCCCAUUCGUCCUUCGCCGCAGAACCGCAUGUGGAGGGCAGGACUGCUGCUCCCUUCACAUCCGCCCCACUCGCCAACAUUCCUUUCUACACCAGCGGCGGCAGCAGCACACGUCGGCCUGCCCAGAUCCCGCUACACACCCUCCAGUCCUCCCUGAGACGCCAGCAGCAGCGUCGGGAGAGCUACGACGAGAAGGACGACGAAGGUGACGACCGCCAGCGCCUACGGCACUCGCAGGAGUCGGACUACGACGACGUUGACGACGACGAGGGGUCGGAGUUCUCGCUCUGGAGCGAUACAGGGGAUCUUGUUGAUCAGCUUGCCGACGCUGAGGACCCGCUCGCUCCACGGGUAAGGAGUAGUAGUUUCGAGGCUACCCAAUCCGGCAGUGGGAGGAGGCACAGGAGUUCGCAGAAGCGGGUGCGGUACGCGGACGAGAAACACCACAGUACAUCGGAAGAGAAGGGCCAGCCUCACCGCCCUGGCGCGCCGAAGAGGAAGGAAGAUAUACCCGUCCCUGAACCCCCGGCCGUUCGUCUCAAUUGGGGCGAGAAGGCUCUCGCGGCCAUCCUCAUGCCUAACGAUGGACAUGCCCGGAUGCACGGGUUGCAUGGGAAGAAGCUGAUAUACUUCCUCUCGAUCUUUGUGUCGUUAGGGGUGUUUCUGUUUGGAUAUGACCAGGGUGUCAUGUCUGGCAUCAUCACUGGGCCGUACUUCAAGGACUACUUCAACCAUCCGAGUGCUGCGGAGAUUGGGACUAUGGUUGCAAUCCUUGAGAUUGGUGCCUUGAUUGCUUCGAUCUCGGUUGGACGCAUUGGAGACUUGAUCGGAAGACGGAAGACCAUCUUAUACGGCGCGUCUGUCUUCAUCAUUGGAGGUGCAUGCCAGACGUUCGCUACUGGCAUGCCAAUGAUGAUGCUGGGAAGAAUCAUUGCCGGUCUGGGAGUCGGCGCGCUCAGCACGAUCGUGCCGGUAUACCAGAGCGAGAUCAGCCCACCGCACAAUCGAGGCAAGUUGGCUUGUAUUGAAUUCUCUGGAAAUAUCUUUGGAUACAUGUGCAGCGUGUGGAUGGACUACUUCUGCAGCUACAUCGAGAGCGACUGGGCUUGGCGGUUACCUUUGCUGAUGCAGGUCGCUAUGGGAGGCCUGUUGGCCGUGGGCAGUCUGUUGAUUGUCGAGUCGCCGAGAUGGCUCCUCGACAAUGACCACGACGAAGAGGGCAUCGUCGUCAUCGCCAACCUCUACGGCAAAGGCGACAUCCAUAGCCCCAAAGCACGCGACGAGUAUCGCGAGAUCAAGAUGAACGUGCUGCUGCAACGUCAAGAAGGCGAGCGCUCGUACAAAGACAUGUUCAAGCGCUACUACAAGCGCGUCUUCAUCGCCAUGUCCGCCCAAGCUCUUGCCCAACUCAACGGCAUCAACGUUAUCUCCUACUACGCGCCUCUCGUCUUCGAGCAAGCCGGCUGGAUCGGACGUGACGCCAUCCUCAUGACUGGCAUCAACGGCAUCACCUACUUGCUUUCAACUGUACCGCCGUGGUAUGUCGUCGACAAGCUGGGACGCCGGUUCAUCUUGCUCUCGGGUGCGAUUGCCAUGAUCAUCUCGCUCUCCGCUAUCUCCUACUUCAUCUAUAUCGACAUUGGAAUUACGGCGAACAUGGUCGUCAUCUUCGUCAUGAUCUAUAAUGCCGCUUUUGGUUAUUCAUGGGGUCCGAUUCCUUGGUUGUACCCGCCGGAGAUCCUACCGCUGAGCAUCCGUGCGAAGGGCGCGAGUUUGUCGACUGCUUCGAACUGGGCGUUCAACUGGCUGGUGGGCGAGAUGACGCCGAUUCUGCAGGAGCUGAUCCAGUGGCGGCUGUACCUGGUGCAUGCGUUCUUUUGCGCGGUUUCGUUCGUCGUUGUCUACUUCAUCUACCCCGAAACCGCCAACGUGCGCCUGGAAGACAUGAACUCCAUCUUCGGCGACGCCACCACCGUCGCCCCGACCCCCGAAACGCUCGCCGAAGCCGAGUCCCUGUUCAGCGGCAACCGCUCGCCCAUCGGCUCCUUCCGCUUGGGCAGCGAGUCUGGCGAGCCAGUUCCUGAUAUGGCGCUCCAGCCUCCUGAUGUUGAGAUACAGGACGGCAAGGCCAUUCUCGGGAGUAAAGAGGAUGGUGAGGGUGUGGGAGGGUGGAUUAGCAAGAUGGUGAAGAGUACGAAGGGGGAGAAUGGGGGUGGGAGUGGGAGUGGGCGGUAUCAGCAGGUGGGCCAGGGGGAUGGGGAAGAUGAUGAUGAGGAGGAGAGGGAUGGAGAGAGGAGGUAG